AUGGCUUCUGGUCCUCUUAAGGCAGCUCUUCUUAUUGUCUCAACGACAGCAGCUAAAGAUGCCUCUGCUGAUGCUUCAGGUCCUAUACUUACACAGGUGCUGAAGGACGAGGGAGAAGGAAAAUGGGAGGUUUAUGAUACAAAAAUUGUUACUGAUGAUGUACUUGCAAUUCAACGCCAGAUAACGGCCUGGACUGAUGGCUCGGAUAGCAUCAACCUCGUUGUUACAACUGGUGGAACUGGUUUUGCAACUGGAGAUUCCACCCCUGAGGCAGUGACCCCUCUAUUGCACAAACAAGCACCAGGCCUCGUGCAUGGCAUGCUAGCUGCUUCUCUUACAGUCACGCCAUUUGCAAUGAUGUCUCGUCCAGUCGCUGGAGUGCGCAACUCAACCAUCAUCGUUACCCUACCUGGCUCGCCCAAAGGCGCCAAGGAGAACCUUCAGGCGAUCAUCAAGACACUGCCUCAUGCAUGUAUCCAAGCGGCAGGUGGAAAUUCCAGAGCCAUUCACUCUGGAGGAGUUAAGAAACUGGAGGCCGAAGCUGGCUUUUCAAGUAAGAACAAUCUGCCCCCAGCCACCGGCCACGGAUGUGGUCACCAUCAUCACGGCCACGGGCAUGGGCACAACCAUGGGAAUCUUGUCCGACAUACAAAGCCUGGAACUACCUUAUCCAAUGACCCUACACUCGGACCUUCACGUCGAUACCGGGAGUCACCAUAUCCUAUGCUUCCAGUUGAAGAAGCGCUGGCAUUGAUCGAACAGCAUACCCCUGGACCUGAGGUUGUCACUGCUCCAGUCGAUCAGUCAAUUGUGAACUCAGUUCUGGCCGAGGAUGUAGAAGCCAAGGAGAACGUGCCUGCUUUCCGUGCCAGCAUCGUCGAUGGCUAUGCUGUUGUAGUCCCCAAGGAUGGCCAGCUGAAAGGAAUAUUCCCUGUUACAGCCAUAUCACACGCAGCACCUGGGGAGAUUGGCGCCUUAAAGGAAGGAGAGCUGGCAAGAAUUACUACUGGUGCCCCUUUGCCCCCAGGUGCCACUACUGUUGUCAUGGUAGAGGAUACCGUACUCAAAACCAUGUCAGAUGACGGAAAGGAGGAGAAGGAGGUGGAAAUUCAAGUUGAGGGCGUUAAGGAGGGCGAAAACAUCCGCGAAGUCGGCAGUGAUGUCAAGGAAGGCACUGUUAUUCUUAACAAGGGUGAGACCAUCAGUGGUGUCGGUGGCGAGAUUGGUCUUCUCGCGUCCGUAGGGGUUUCAGAGGCCAAGAUAUACCAACGUCCAGUGUUAGCCGUUCUUUCAACAGGCGACGAGAUUGUUGAGUACAAUCGUCCAGGAGACUUGAAGCUGGGAGAAGUCCGUGAUACAAACCGGAUCACUCUGAUGUCUGCCGCCAGAGAAUGGGGCUACGAGGUUGUGGAUCUGGGUAUUGCCAGUGACAAGCCCGGCACACUAGAAGAGACCCUUCGCGAUGGACUUCGUCGCGCAGACCUACUCAUUACUACUGGCGGUGUGUCCAUGGGUGAAUUGGAUCUUCUCAAGCCGACAAUCGAGCGUUCUCUGGGUGGCACGAUCCACUUUGGUCGAGUCGCCAUGAAGCCUGGAAAGCCGACUACCUUUGCUACGGUCCCUGUCAAGGACAACUCAGGACAGCGGGUUACCAAGACUAUAUUUUCACUACCUGGUAACCCGGCAUCUGCUCUAGUUACCUUUCACCUGUUUGUGCUUCCGUCACUCCACAAGCUAUCUGGUGCCUCUACUACAGGCCUCCCAAGAGUUCCAGCCGUUAUCUCGCACGAUUUCCCUCUGGACCCUAGGCCCGAGUAUCACCGUGCUGUGGUGACGGUUGGCAAGGAUGGCCUCCUUUCAGCAACAAGCACAGGCGGCCAACGAAGUUCCAAGGUGGGCAGUAUGAGGUCAGCCAACGCCUUAGUUAUACUGCCCAGUGGGAAGGGUAAGCUGGAGAAGGGCUCAAAGGUUGAGGUCCUGCUGUUGAAUGCCGUCCAAGCUGCUUAG